AUGGCUUGGAGAAGGCUUUAUUGGGAUCUCGUAUUUGUGCCGUUGGGAAUUGUGGUGUCAACAGUAUAUCACUGCUGGCUGUUGGUGAUGGUUAAGAAGUGGCCGCAGAGGACCACCAUAGGCGUUGGAAAUUCUGGGCAAAUUAUGUGGGUUGCAGCCAUGUUGAAGGAGAAUGACAAAAAGAAUGUGCUGGCAGUUCAAAGUCUGAGAAACAACAUCAUGGGUUCAUCACUAGUAGCCUCCUCCUCCUUCCUCAUCUGCUGCGGCCUUCUCGCCUUCACAAGCACCAUCUCUGACAAACGAGAACUCGUCCUGACCAAUCUGAACCAGGUUGAGGUCUCGCACAAGUCGGCCGUGCUCAUCCUCGCCUUCAUGGCCGUCUUCUUCUGCCAGACUCUUUCCAUAACUUUCCUGGCCCAACUUUCCCUAGCCAUUAACACCCUCAUACUCCCAGAGACGAAGGUGACACCUGAGCAAUUGUUGACGAUGCUGACAAAGGGUAUUCUCCUGAACACUAUAGCUAAUCGCCUCUUCUUCACGGCAAUGCCGCUGGUGCUUUGGAUCUACAGCCCUGUGCUAGUAUUUGCCUCCACUUGUGGAGUUAUUGCAGUUCUGUACAUGACUGAUAUUGUUCCUAGGAGAAAAGUUGUGACUUAUGAGAAUGAUGAAAAUAAUAGGGAUGUGGUUGUUGCACCAUAA